UCUGAGAAUAGAUAUAAAACAUAUUGUAACAGCGUGCGGAAUCUGUUAGAAAUUUUUUUUAAGGCCGAGCAACCUGAUAAGCUGUCUGAAAUUAAGGUCAAGUAUGUAUUAAUAGAUAAGCGGUCAAGCAGGGAGGGAUUAUUUAACAUUUAUUUAUAAACAUCGACCGUCACUACUUUACAACCUGGUUUAACAGGCGCGUUAAGGGUCGCAGGUAGAGAAUAUCUGUGUUACAAUUUUCCGUUCAUAGGGGUCACACGCCGUGUACAUUAUUCAAUGUGAAACGUUCACCGAAGUAGUUCAUUAUGUUUUGUAACAGUCGUUUAAGAAUUUAUGGAGUUUUAUUGUAGUCACAUGAAGUAUAUUUUACUUUAAUUACUUCAAUAGUUUAACGCUAUCAAUUGGGAAUGAUAUAUCCUACACAUAUGAUGAAGUACAGUCGUUGAAAGUCAACUUGAACAAUGCAUGAUGGAUGCAAUAUUAAGCAAUUAAUAUCAAGCUUCAAUAGGAAAACUCAGCAUCUAUUUUUGGAAACAAUUUACAAAGAGUUGAUACAACUUCAAUAUAUAUUUGUAACGAUUGAAUUGAAGGUGAUCAAAUGAUAAUUUUGAAUCUUUCUCAAAAUGAAUAAAACAGAGAGCAUUACAGGAACAGUGAUUGACGAUAACACUCAUAAAAUGUCGUCAGAAAAGUUUACAGUGUCACUAGAUGCACACACUUUUGCACCUUUGGUGAGCAACGAGAAUUUUGAUUACGGAGAUGUGUUUAUGUAUCCUGGCUACUCAUUUGAACGACCUGUCUACCUGUAUGUUUGGGAGAUCUUAGUUCUUUUGACAUUGCUGCAAAAUAUUUUAAUAGUAUUAGUGUUAAUGCAGAAGAAAAUGCGAAAUCCAACCAAUAUUGUGCUUUCGGCGAUAGCAAUUUCAGAUUCCCUAACCGGAUUGGUAACUUUGCCGACAUACAUAAUGGUGUUUCAGAGGUACGACCCAUUAGACUAUGAUGUGGAAUACAUCGACCAACCUUUGGAAUACGAGAAUGGUAGCAGUUUAAACAUUGGAAAUUCAUACAAUGAAAAUUCGACCACGACACCUUUUGUCGGCACGUAUUUGAUGAAUAAUUUAACCGGCACACUAUCACCUGUUACUUUUUCAAAUUCAACUGAACCUUCGAAUCAUGCAUCCGCAUUUGCUCCUGUAGAUGGAUAUACUCUUACCAAAACACUUUGUCAAAAUUUUAUGAUCUCAAAAUACUUUUUGUCUAAAUCAUUUCAUACAGUAUCGAUAUUUUUAACAUUGUUUCUUGAAAUUCAAAGAUAUGUUGCAAUGGCACAUCCAUAUACGUACGAUCGCUGCCUAAAUCGUUUAAAGGUUGUGAAUUUAUAUUGUAUAUUAACUUUCCUAUUGUCUCCAAUCCUACACGCCUUUCAUCUGUAUAAGAAUAAAGCAGAUGGGGGUCUUUGUCAGUGGGCUCUGUCGGGACCUGGAUGUGGCGAAGAUUGUAUAUAUCUAUGGAUAUCGUUUAUUGUGCGACAUUUCAUUCCAUGCGUUACCCUUGUGAUAUUUACAGUUUUGUUUAUUCAUCAGUUAAGAAAAGGAGAGAAAAACUUUCGUCGGACAGACAGUUCAUCAUCACAAUAUACUAGAAGAGUUAGUGAAAACCGGCGGAUAUCUUUUAUUGUUACAACAGUUGUUGUAGUCCGAUUAAUUCCCGAGAUACCAUACAGUAUUUUCUUGCUGUUUAAUAGUUUAGACGUCACGAUAAACAAAGGAAAGGAAAUUGAUAUUGAGACCAACAGAAUCUUUCAUUUGUGUUACGAAAUAUGUUUAGUUUGUUCAUUUCUAGCUCAUUUCUAUAUUUAUAUAAUUUUCAAUAGAAAAUUUAGGAAACGCCUCUAUAAAAUGUUCUGUAAGCCAGUUCGAGUCAAAUUUAAUGAAUCAGUUGCAUUUUACUCGUUUCCAUCGUGGUACCGCGGUAAAAAGGGUAUGAAUAAAAGGGCAGAUUCUGUAAGGCCUCCAAGAGGGAUGUCGUCGAAGACAAAUUCAAUCGAAGAGAGUGACAAUCGUGAGGCGAUGAUUAAACGUUCCUGUGAAUCAGACAUAGCUGCACAGAUUGACACCGACAAUGUUGCUGAUAUGCCGUUAACAAAUGGCCACCACGAAAUCAUAGCUUAAUUGAAUGUCCCAGAAAAAGGGCGUUUUUAAGUAAGCAAAUAUUGUAUUUGAGACAUUUUUUCAGGAACGCAGUGACACAUAAUAAUGUGCCUUAAAUCUUCUGACUCGCAUCAACUGUGGAUCCUGUCAGAUGACCUUAUAGAAUCAUAAAUAUGUACCGCAUAAAAUAUGGAUAUAUGAUAUUCUUUUUGUGUUGCGUUAGUUUUAUAACGUGACAAUUAUCUUUAAAUAUUUAAAUAACAUCACUUUCAGUUCUACUUCUUGAUUAAUUCUAACAACUUUGCA